AGCAACGUAUUUCAGUUCAGUGGGCGAUAGCAAAACGGAAGUUGACGAUACUUGUCACUUGGCUGUCAUCGUUCUUUUCGUCUUAAGUUUCUUUAAACGAAAGUUGUGUUUUUAUUGCCGUUCACGUUUCGUGUCGAUAUCAAAGGACUUAAAUAAUGCGUUACGUGGCUGCAUACAUGUUGGCUGUCCUUGGAGGACAAGAAAGCCCCAAAAAUGCCGAUAUCGAGAAAAUCCUCAGCUCUGUUGGUAUUGAAGUCGAUUCCGAGCGCCUUACCAAGGUCGUCAAGGAAUUGAGCGGCAAGAGCAUCGAGCAAUUGAUCAAGGACGGUCGCGAGAAGCUCUCCUCAAUGCCAGUUGGUGGUGGUGCUGUUGCUGCCGCUGCUGCUCCAGCUGCUGCCGCCGCCGGUGCUGCUGAGGCCAAGAAGCCCGAAAAGGAAGAGAAGAAGGAAGAAUCUGAAUCCGAAGAUGACGAUAUGGGAUUCGGUCUUUUCGAAUAAGUCUUCUAUUUCGAUAUCAACCAACAAUUGCGUGGAAAAACGAGGUAUCGGCAUGGGAUCGCCAACAUAACACCCCAACCCCAGGUCGUGAUGUAGUUACAAAAAAACCCUCAAACUACUUCGGUACAAAUUUUCUAUUUCUGUGAAAUAAAGCAAGAAAAAAGUUUUACACGUAAA